UAAAAAUUUUAAACUUGCUCUGGAAAUAUGAAUUUUUUGCAUGCUACAUUUUCUCUUUAAUGACACCGGAAGUAGAAAGGUGCUCCACCGGAUAUUGCACAGAAACCGGGGUCAGGAGUUCUUUCUCACAGCCAUCUUGGAAUUAGCGUCCCGAGUUGCGACAAUGCCCGGUGAAGCGACAGAAACGGUCCCGAUCACCGAGCAGGAGAUGCAGCAGCCUCAAGUGGAAACUGCUGCAUCUCCUGCCUCAGCCUCUACCCAAAAACCUCAGGCAACUUCAGGACCUGCUAAACCCAAAGGCAAAGAUGCUAAGAAUGUGCAGGGUUCCUCUGCCCCUAAGCCUGUCCCAGGCAGAAGAAAACGCUCCUCCAUGUCUGCCUCUUCCUCAUCUCCCACCUCACCAAAAUCUGCUUCCUCUUCUACCCCCCUAUCACAUGGGCAAUCUCCCUUGGCCUCCCCAGCUAGUGGCUCCCCUGCUAAUCUGGGAAGCUCUCCCACCCCAAAAGUUGUCAAGGCUGGAAAGCAAGGAAAAACUAAGAAAGGAGAGGCAUUUGUCCCCGUCCAAGUCAACUGCAAUGUCACAGGAUCUGAUGAAAAGCCAGAAGAGUCUAAACUAAUGGCAACUGGCCAAGCCAAAACUACUCCGGUUGAAGUAAAAGUUCAGUUACCCCCAGCUGCUUUUAAAGUUGCCUCAAAACCAGCUGCAGCGGCUCCAGUGUCAUUUUCAGACACCAUUCUCUCAAGUUCUCCCAAAUCAAGUGAAGUGAAGAAAGCACCUCUUGCUGUUUUUGACGAUGAGCUUCCUCCACUACUUCCACCAGAGAAACCCUUUAAAAUACCUGUGGCUGAAAAAAUACCUCCAGCAUCUGAUCAUGAAAAGAGUUCCACUGAGGCCCCUGCCACCAAAACAUCACCAAAAGGCAAGAAGGGUAACGAGCCCAAAUCUGGUCCUGCUGAGGCUUCUAAACCAGCGGCUAAUGAAGCUCCUAAAGUCAAGUCGACCCCUGUUACCGUUUCCCAGGACAAGCUAGCUUCUGCUGACGCUGCUAAGCCAUCUGAGAAAGUCCCCAGUGUGUGUUCUAAGCAAGGUGAAGAGGUUAAAGCAUUACCUUUUAAGGCCAUGAAGCCAGAUGAAAAUGUUAAGGCAGCCCCCAUUAAGAUGGAAAAGGGAGUCCCUGUGAAAACUGAGAAAUCAGCCCCCAUUAAGGCUCAGGAGGGGGCCCCUGUCAAAGCUGAGAUUGCGGUUCCUGUUGAAGCUGUAAAAGUGACCCCUGUUAAGGCUCAGGAGGCAGCUCCUGCUAGGGCUGAGAAGGUGGCUUCUGUUAAGGCUCAGGAGGCGGGUCCUACUAAGGCUGAGAAGGUAGCCCCCGCUAAGGCUGAGAAGCCAGCCCCCAAAAAAGCAGAGGAGCCGGCCCCCGCUAAGGCUGAGAAGGCGGCUCCUAUUAAGGCUCAGGAGGCGGGUCCUACUAAGGCUGAGAAGGUGGCUCCCAAUAAAACUGAGAAGGUAGCCCCCGCUAAGGCUGAGAAGGUGGUCCCUGUUAAGGCUCAGGAGGCGGCUCCUACUAAGGGUGAGAAGGUGGCUCCCAAUAAGGCUGAGAAGGUGGCUCCCAAUAAAACUGAGAAGGUGGCUCCCAAUAAAACUGAGAAGGCGGCCCCCGCUAAGGCUCAGGAGGCGGCUCCCGUCAAGGCUGAGAAGGUGGCUCCCAAUAAAACUGAGAAGGUGGCUCCCAAUAAAACUGAGAAGGCGGCCCCCGCUAAGGCUCAGGAGGCGGCCCCCGCUAAGGCUCAGGAGGCGGCUCCCGCUAAGGCUCAGGAGGCGGCUCCCGCUAAGGCUCAGGAGGCGGCUCCUGCUAAGGCGGCUCCGGUUAAGGCUCAGGAGGCGGCUCCCGUUAAGGCUCAGGAGGCGGCUCCCGUUAAGGCUGAGAAGGCGGCUCCCAAUAAAACUGAGAAGGUUGCUCCCAAUAAAACUGAGAAGGUAGCCCCCGUCAAGGCUGAAAAGCCAGUCCCCAAAAAAGCAGAGGGGGCGGCCCCCGCCAAGGCUGAAAAGGCGGCCCCUGCCAAGGCUGAGAAGCCAGUUGAAGAAGCUAAAGCUUCUCCCCAAAAGGCGGCAAAGCCAGGUGCAGACAAGAAACCGGCUCCUGCUGAGGCUGACAAGCCAGCUGCAGCAAACAAAGCAGCUGAGAUCAAUAAACCAGCCCCUGAAAAAAGUGCCAAACCAGCCACUGAGGUCAAGUUAGUUGAAGUAAAAGAGGCUCCAAAGGCUUCCAAGCCUGUAGAACCACCAGCAGUUCCAAUAAAACCAGCUCCAGUGGAGCCUGCUGUUUUAGCCCCAACUCCACGAAAACUCACCUUUGCAGAGGCAGUUGCUAAACCUGCGCCUGUAACAGCUGAAGCUGUGGUAAAUAACAUCCACUCUGAACCACUUUCCCCUACCAAACCUAUCCUUACAACGGCUAAAACCCCUGCCAAAGUGGAGCCUGUGAUCAAGAACGACAAUGGAUCCGGCACUGAGUCGGACAGCGAUGAUUCUGUCCCAGAGCUGGAAGAACAAGACUCAGCCCAGACACAACAAGCCCAGCUUGCAGCAGCAGCUGAAAUUGACGAGGAACCAGUCAGCAAAGCCAAACAAAGCCGCAGUGAAAAGAAAGCACGAAAGGCAAUGUCAAAGCUUGGUCUCAGACAAGUAACGGGAGUCACCAGGGUCACUAUUCGCAAGUCCAAAAACAUCCUGUUUGUCAUCACCAAACCAGACGUCUACAAGAGCCCAGCAUCAGACACAUACAUCGUCUUUGGAGAAGCCAAGAUAGAAGACCUCUCUCAGCAAGCCCAGCUGGCUGCCGCAGAAAAAUUCAAAGUUCAGGGAGAGGCAGUUUCAAACAUCCAGGAAAACACACAGACCCCUACAGUACAGGAGGAGAGCGAAGAAGAAGAGGUUGACGAGACCGGCGUCGAGGUGAAGGACAUUGAACUCGUUAUGUCGCAAGCCAACGUGUCGCGGGCAAAGGCUGUACGCGCCCUGAAAAAUAACAACAAUGACAUCGUCAAUGCUAUUAUGGAGUUGACAAUGUAAGGGGACCUUGUCAAUGAAGAGUGGAAGAGUGUUGCUGAUUUAAUCUCAUUUAUACAGUUUAUAUCCAAGAUGGAAAUAAAGUUGUGGCUUGGUGAAACUAAAA